UACAAGAAUCUCCAGUUUCCAAGGUUGAAGUGCAUCGGACUUGAUACAGUGCGUCUGCGGAAAAACCAGAAGCUGCAUCUGAGCCAGUAUAUUGGACCUCGACUGGAGUCGUUUUCGUAUUGNGGAGGUCAUCCGUGUGAAGAUGCACUUGAACGCUUGGAAACAGAAUGUCCUCGACUACAUGACCUUCACCUGAUGGAGCCUCUCGGCUUAGUGGUUGAUGCAGAAAAACUGAAGAAGUUCCUGACGAACCGCACAUCUCUCAGGAACGUUGAGUUUGGCAGAGGUUGGGAGUACUCGCUCCCGCCAGAAGUACUUGCACACGUUUUGACUCUAGAACAUCUCGAACGACUAGACUUUGUGCCAUUCCUGAGGCCUCAUAGGGCACGAAAAGUCUUUGAGCCACCGAACGCAUUCAAGAACAUAAACAUACUCCAUAUUCGACUUCAUUCUGAGUCUAUCGGAUUAAUGGCUGCUGCGGCUGCCCUUACUGUCAAUACACUCUUUCUUGAAGUUCAGGACCCCGAACACGACGUACUCAAGGCCCUGCAACCAAUGAAGAAACUGCGCCAUCUCGAGAUCGAAUAUCAUAACUUAUCGCGAGGGAUAGAGCUAUCAGAAGAGGGCAUCAAAUCACUCGGAACCUUGCCAGAACUCGAGGUCCUUCUAAUUCGCACCUGGACCAAGGGACGUGCCUACUACCACAACAUCAGAGCUCCGUGGUUAGGAGACGAGCAGUUUGCCGAGUUCAUGUCAGACCUGCCAAAGCUCAAAAGCCUGGCUUUCCAAGUGGAGUGCAACAUCACGCUCAAGUCAAUCACUUCUUUGGGCGAGACACAUCCCGAAAUGUAUUGCUGUGAUUUGUAUGGCACCUUCGAUCUCGACGACUGGGCAAAACCUGGCCCACCGAUAUUUCCAGAAUUGAGAAGGCUUGCAAUGGACGCACCACACUUGCGAGGACGCACAAGAGCGUCAAGUACCUCUCUUUCAGUACAAGCGGACCGAAUCAUUGACAUUAUCCUACGACAGUUACCUAUGCUAGAACAGCUAGGCUUCCACGACUUCGAACGAAACAUAUUGGCCGAUCAAGUGCUCGAGAAAUAUGCCACGCGUAUAGGUGGCCAGUUUAACGAGCGGCAAGCAGCUGCUUUUCGUCCCUGGAGCUGGAUGGAGAAGAAUCGUAAACGCUUGGUAGUAUCAAAAUCAGGUUCGGAUCAUGCAAACGACAUGGAGUUGAUUCGUCGUACCGGUCUUUCGCAUAUAUUCGACAUGUACGAGUUGCAUUGA